AUGAAAGAUAAGUUGCAUGUUGAUGAAGAAUAUGCAAUUUACUUUAACAAAACAUACAGUAACAAUGCAAUGAGAUAUCAUGUGUUGAAAACUAGUAGUAUUGAUAAUAUUUCAUAUCCUUCCUAUGAUUUUAUGAUGUUGAAUGUGACAAGCAUACAGAAGGAGGGUUAUGGAAUUAUUGACACAAUGGUUGUAGAUCAUGGUAAUGGUGGACUUUUAAUAAAUAAUGCAAUCAAACCCAAUUUAAAAACCAAUGGGAGUCUUAGCUGGUCAAUUCAAGGCUUGUGGUUUCGUUUUAUACAAUCUCUUCUUAUGCAAGAAUUAAAUAUGACAGCAAAUGGAACUUUUUUUGAGUCACCUGUUCUUAAAGUUAAUUUUGAGGAGCCAAAAACUGUUAAUUCAGGAAAAUCACUUAAUAGUUAUUUUGAUUCUGAUGUUAAAUUUAACUCAACACUUAGCUUGUAUGCUUUAAUUGACUGUGCUAGUGUAGUUGAAGCAAGUGUAAAGACCAUCAAAUUGCAAUCCAGUAUAACAGGAUCAACUAAUGUAAUAGAUGUGCAAACUAUCCCAGCACAAUGGUAUAUUGAAAAGGGAACCCUUAAUAUUGCUGAAAUGAAUCCUUGGUGGGGAGGAGUUGAAUUUGGAGAAAAACUUCCUAAUAAUAGUUUAUUAGUAAGCAAAAAUACUCUUUUAUUACCAGCAGGAGCUUCCAACAUAUGGAGUAUUAAUGCCAAUGCAAAUGCUGCUUCUGCUCCUGCUAUGGCAGUUGACAUGAUGCGUAAGCUUGAGGAUAGUUUAAAAGGUUAUCGAGGAGAUGGGAUUGGAAAUUUGGCGUUAUUACAACAAUGGAAAGAAGAGGGAUUAACUGAAAAGGAUAUAAGUGGUAUGUACAAACGCCAGUGGAAUGAUAUUAUGAUCAAUAUGGUGACUCCUACCAACCAGGCUAAAAUCGUUGGUACCACUCAAUUUACGGUGAACAAAACAUGCUAUGAUGUACAGUUUGCUACACAGUACUUGAUAGCCAUGUUUGGUCUAAUAAUUAUAUUCUACAUACUUUUAGCAAGCCUUAGAAAUGUAGAUGCUUUCAAUUCAUUGAUUAAAAUUAGACAUGUCGUUCAACAAAUGGAUCUUGGUAAAGUAAUAAUAAAUGUACUGGAAUAUGGAGAGGCAAACACAGUUGGCCCAUCACAAUAG